AUGUCAGGAUCAGCCCCGGAGGAGCCUCAGACCUCCAUUCCUCAAAGCACAGCUAGUCUUCCUGAUCCUGCUCCGGUUGCUGUCGGACCUGGAGGCUCAAGUGACGUUUCCUUUGGUGAGCAAAAUCUUAGCUUCACCACCACAGACGUCAGCCUGGUGGAGAUGAUGGAAAUUGAGUAUAGCCAGCUGCAGCACAUACUUCACUCGCAUGCGGAGGCACAAGCUAGUGAAGGUGAAGUGGAAGCUAGGCUCAAUUCUUUCUCCUCGCCUGGUAAUUCUGCAGACCCCCCUCUGCACCAGACCUCACUGAACACCGGUCAGGAGGGGUGUUCAUCAAACAGCUCUGGGAACCAGUCGGUUUACCCAGUUAUCUAUCAGUCAGGAUUAACUUCUGACAGCAAUUUGCUAAGUUCAAACCCACGUUUGGGCUAUGCUGACUUUCAGGAGCUCAGAAUGAUGUUACUUAGCGAGUCUAACCUCCCUUUGAACCAAACAGAUAAAACGCCUAACAGUAGCUCUGCAGAAGUCCCAGGACACAGUUUAGUGAAAGUUAAACAUGGUGAAAAUUUUGUUGGGGCGAAUAAAGGAAACAUACUUGUUGAAAAUUCGGCACUGGCACCAGAGCCUAGAUCUAAAUCUGCAGUCAGAGUUCGGUUGGAAGACAGAUUCAACAGCAUCCAGACAGAAAACCCCAGAUGUCAAGAACCCCAAGAAUCUGGAGUAACUCUUAACAAUUUAGUAACAUUGAUUCGACAGCCAUCAGAACUGAUAGGCGUUCCUCUUCAUCAGCAAGAAAACAAGUGUGCUGCAUUAGGGAAAAAUAAGAGUGCAUCUGCCGCACCUUCUUUACCGUUCACAUACCCGUUAUUUACUAUGAACGCAUGUUCUACUGCUGGAAGUGUUAAUCCUUCACAAGCACAGACCUCUGGAACUUCUUGCACUACUUUGGAAGCUGCCAAACACCAAGACCUUGGGAUACCCAAGACAUUCUCUUUCUGCUAUCAGGAAAUUGAAUCUGCAAAACAGACAGUAGGUGCUAUGAAUAAAUCUUUGCCUGAGGAAGUUUGGCUUAAAGUUGGAGACACCUUAUGCAAGCAAGCAAUAAACAGAAGAAGUUGCAGCCGAAUAAGCCCAUCGGAUACAAACGUAGAUCGCAAACCUCUUAGUGAAAUUCAAAAUAUGUGUGAUGAUAGCCAGAGUACUGCAUCUGCCCAGGGUCCCUGGCAGGCAGCACAAUCAAAUUCAAGUCUGCUUGUGCAGAGUGGUACACAGGACGGAAUCGCACAGCGAAGGGAGAGACACAACCGCAUGGAGAGAGACAGAAGGCGCAGAAUCCGGAUUUGUUGUGAUGAGCUCAAUCUUCUGGUUCCGUUCUGUACUGUUGAUACUGAUAAAGCAACAACUUUACAAUGGACGACUGCAUUUCUGAAGUACAUUCAGGAAAGGCAUGGCGAUUCGCUGAAACAGGAAUUUGAGACUGUGUUCUGUGGUAAAACAGGCAGGAGACUAAAAAUAGCAAGAUCAGACUCAUUUGUAACAUGUCCAGUGCAGGAAAACACGCAUGGCUAUGGAGAGCAAGUAGUCUGA